UUCGAACUAUCUUCCCGCCCUUCCCUCUUGCUUUUGCACUUGGGAUCAGGACCGCGGAGAUGCCCCGAACAGUGCGCCAGUGCAUUGUCGAGGCGCUGGAGAACCUGGGCAAGUCGCAGCUGCGGCGCUUUAAGGAGGACUUGUCCGAGGCGCAAUACAGGCCCGGCUUCAGUGCCAUCCCCCGGGGCCGGCUGGAGGACGCCGAUGCCCAGGACCUUGGGCGCCUCUUGGUCAGCACCUACCGGGAUGAUUACGCGGCCGAGUUGACGCUGGAGGUGCUGGAGGGGCUGCCGGAGCGGGAGGUGGCCGACUCGCUGCGUCGCAAUCUGCCGGCCGGCGGACAGGCCCCGAAAACUGGAUCCAGCGGGAGUGCCGGGGGACGGGCCGCGGCAACCGGACCCUGCGGGAGUGGUGGUGCCCACCCGGUGGAUCGCUACUUCGCGCAGAUUGUGCAGCAGUUUCACUCCACGGACAUGGUGUUGGACGAGCUGCUGGGCAAAGGCGUUCUCACCGCUGAACACUACGACCGGCUCCGCGUCAAGGCCCCGCGGCAGGAGAAGAACCGGGAGCUACUGCUCUUCAUCCGGGGGCAGGGGCUCGAAGCUAAGGAGCAGCUCUGGAGCGCCAUGAGUGAGGCCGACCCGUACUUCGUCGGAAACGUGACCCGGCAGUGAGAACGUCCCGGGUUCCAGCAAGAGCGGAUUCGGGGCUUAAAUCCCACCCGACGUCCGCGGGAGAUUCCCGUUCUACUACGUGAUGCCUCUCGACAAUAAAAUAAGGAAUUUAUAGUCAGACGUCUGAGUUAUUGAAUGCAGUAACGGCUGUAAUCGAUUCGCACAACCCGACACACACUUCCUAGCCAAAGAUCAUAAAACUUGGGAGCAGGACUGGCCGUUCGGCCCAUCUAGUCUGUCCCACCAUUUCAUCGUGGUUGAUUUACUAUCUCUCUCAAGCAUAUUCUCCUAACUUCUCCCUGUAACCUUUGACGUGCUGACUAAUCAAGAAUUUAUCGAUCUUUGCUUUAAAUAUACCCAAUAAUUUGGCCGCCUGUGUCUGUGGCAAUGAAUUCAACCGAUUCACCACCUCUGGCUGAAGAAAUUGCUCCUCAUCGCCGUUCUAAAUGGACGUCCCUCUAUUCGGAGGCUGUGUCCUCUCCCACUCUAUCUAGGCCUUUCAAUAUUCGAGCGACAGGCAACAGGAAGCGGACCCCGCGGCAGUACUGCACACCCCGUGGACCUCUACCACUACGAGAUUGUGCAGCGUUUCCACUCGGCGGACAGCGUGCUAGACCGGCUGCUCAGCAGCGGAACGCUCACG